GUCUCAUUCGCUCCUCCGGCGUGGCUGGUGAUUGUUGCGUGGUGGAUGAGUUAUCGGCUUUGCGAUAACGAUGACAAUUCAUAUAGACCCUGUGGAAAUAUUAACAUGUCGAUUUGCUGCUGCUUUGAGAGCUGCUGCACUCCUCCUCGUCUUCCAGUUCUUCAACCUUGAUCACCCUGGAUAAGCUCUAGGAUUGUGCUAUCAUGGACCCUGUGCGAGUCUCAAAGUUCAUCACGCCAACGACUUGGCCUCUGAUUGUUGCGGGCAUUGCAAUUGUUGCACUUGUGAUCAGGUUUAGGAACCUUGGACAACGGCCCAAGAAUUAUCCUCCAGGACCACCUACGAUUCCAAUCCUCGGUAACUUGCAUCUGCUUCUCUCCACUAACGAUGUCCACCUCAAGUUCCAAAAAUGGGCCGAAGAGUACGGUCCCAUCUACAGCUUGAUCCUAGGAACGAAGACUAUGAUUGUCUUGAACCACCGCCAGGCAGUCAAGGACCUCCUCGAUCAUAAGAGCACCCAGUAUUCCUCGCGGCCUGAUAUGUACAUUGGUCAAGAUCUCAUCAGUGGAGGCUACCGUCUCGUGUUCAUGAAAUACAACGACGAAUGGCGUCUGGCGAGAAAGAUGAUCCACAACCUCUUGAACGUCAAGAAAGCUGUGGAUUAUGUCCCCUACCAGGAAUUGGAAUUGAAGCAGAUGCUGUCCGAUAUGAUUGACGAGCCUACGGGAUUCCAUGACCACGUCCGUCGCUACUCCACUUCUCUCGUCACGAGUUUUGUCUUUGGAUGGAGAUCACCAAGUUUCCACGACCCGGCUGUAAAGCAGAUCUAUGAUGGAUUUGAGGAAUUCGCGGUUGCGUCGCAGGUAUCGUCGAGUCUCUUGGAUUACUUCCCCAUCCUCCGCCGAUUACCCGAUUUCGUGAACCCCAUGAGCAAACGGGCCAAGGCACUCCACCAGGAAGAACUCACCCUUUACAAGAGUUACCUCACCCGAGUACGGAAGCGGAUUGCAGAUGGGACCUCCCCGCCCUGUUUCUGUGACGACAUGUUCAAGUCGCAAGAGAAGAACGGAUUCACCGAUGACUGGGCUUCGUACGUAUCUGGCACGCUGUUAGAAGCUGGCUCCGACACCACCGCAUCCAUCUUCCUCGGAUUCAUCGUGGCUAUGGUGAACUUCCCCGAAGCGCAGAAGAAGGCCCAGGAGGAGCUUGACAGGAUCGUUGGGCCAAACCGUCUGCCUAGGAUGGAUGAUGACUUGCCAUAUAUCCGGAUGGUGGUCAAGGAAUCUCUGAGAUACCUGCCCUCUAGUAUCAUGGGUAUCGUACCUCACGCCACGUCUACCGACGAUUACUAUAAAGGAUACUUCAUUCCCAAGAACGCAGGUGUUGUCUGCAACGUAUGGACACUGAACAACGACCCUGAGAGAUAUCCCGAACCUCGCGUAUUCAGACCUGAAAGAUUCGAGAACGACUUCUCCCGCGCUGGAGAAUCCGCUGCUCAGAACAACGUCGACGAGCGAGACCACUUCACAUUCGGCGCUGGCCGACGUGUCUGUCCCGGCCUCAACGUCGCAGAGCGCUCGCUGUAUCUUGGCAUUGCGCAGAUGCUCUGGGCGCUCAAUUUCAAGCACGCCAAAGAUGAGCGAGGAAAUGAUAUCCCCGUCGACAUCAACGCCGUGACUCAAGGCAUCGUAUGCAGACCUGCACCCUUCAAGUGUCUCAUUGAGCCAAGAGAUCCGCAGAGGGCGGCCAUGGCUCAGAAAGCUUGGUCGAACGCCAAGGAAAUGCUCAUGACGCUCCCGGAUGGUAUUAUCUCGACACAGUACGCAAAUAUGUGAGGAAGAAGUCCGUUUUUUCCCUUCCGAGGCACCAAGGAAACCACGUCAAUCAAUCAAUGAUCAAUCAUUGAUGCU